CAUAAAAGCCUGAUCACGCGACCCAGGCGAGGCACUGCAGCAUAAACACCUCCAGCGUCCAGCACAGACGAGCUUCUAAACACGACACUGCGGUUCGAGAGAAGCCUUUGCUAGAGUCACGAUGCUUCUCACGCUGCUUUUUAUCUCCACGGCCGUGGCGAGUCCCCUGUUGGGUACGGAGCAGUGUGCCCGCGGUCCCCCCUACUGGUGCCAGAAUGUCAAGACCGCUUCCCUUUGUGGUGCCGUCCAACACUGCCAACAGAACGUGUGGAACAAGCCUCAGAUGAAAUCUGUGCCAUGUGAUCUGUGCAAAGAGGUGUUGAUGGUGGUGGAGCAGCUUUUGAAGGACAAUGCCACAGAGGGCGAACUCCUCGGAUACAUGGAGAAGGCCUGUCAGCUGAUCCCUGACGAGGGCCUGGCUGACCAGUGCAAGGAGAUUGUUGACAACUACUUCCCCAUUCUCAUGGGCAUCAUCGAAGGAGAGCUGGAUGACCCCGGUGUGGUGUGCGGUGCUAUGGGCCUGUGUGUGUCCCAGCAGGCAACUCUGGCUAAAGCUCAGCUCAUGUCCAAUGAGAUCCCUAAGGUGGACCUGAACCAGCGUGUCAACCCCUUCCUGCUCAACAUCCCUCAGCUGCUCUACCCUCAAGAGAAUACCAAGGAGGAGACCCCCAAACAGACUGGUGGAGAUGUGUGCCAGGACUGUGUUACGUUCAUCUCUGACACUCAGGAGGAAGCCAAAGCCAAUUCCUCAUUUAUCAACACUCUACUCGCGAGGGUGGAGAGCCAGUGUGAGCUGCUGGGACCUGGCAUGUCUGAUAUGUGCAAGGAGUACAUCAGCCAGUAUGGACCAUUGGUCUUUCAACAGCUUAUGUCUAUGGAGCAGCAACCCAAGGACAUCUGCUCUCGUGCUGGAUUCUGCUCCACUCAGAAUAAAUCUGUGCACAUGGAGGAGCUCUUGCCUGCCAAAUCGAUCCCUGCUGUCAAGAUGUUCCCUGCAACCAAACUUGAAACACCUGUCAAAAGCAAGCCUGCUAAGAAUCUGGUGCAAGUACGUGACUCUCCUCAGUGUGCCAUCUGUGAGUUUGUGAUGAAGGAAAUUGAGGACAUGGUUCAGGAUCACACAUCUGAGGAAGAGAUUGUGCAGGCUGUGGAGAAAGUCUGUGACAUUUUACCCUCCACACUCACCGCUCAGUGCAAGGACCUGAUUGAGACCUACGGCCAGGCCAUCAUUGAACUGCUUGUGCAGGAGGCCGAUCCCAAAACCAUCUGCUCUUUCCUCGCUCUCUGCAAUGGGGUCAGCCAUGUCUCUGUAAUGGACAAGCAACGAUUUGAGGCGGGUGGCUUCUGUGACGUGUGUAAGAUGGCAGUGCGUUAUGUGGACGGGAUCCUGGAGCAGAACGCCACUCAGGCCGAGAUCGAGGAGGCUGUGCUGAAGGUCUGCGACUUCUUGCCUGACGCUGUCAGAGAUGAGUGUAACCAGCUCAUUGAGCAGUAUGAGCCUCUGCUGGUACAGCUGCUGCUCCAGACGCUGGAUCCUGACUUUGUCUGCAUGAAGCUGGGAGCAUGUCCUGAGGCAGUGCAGAGGCUGCUGGGAUUGGAGCAGUGCAGCUGGGGACCAUCAUACUGGUGUAAGAACGUGGAGACCGCUUCUCGCUGUAACGCCUUGGACCACUGCAGGCGUCACGUGUGGAGCUAAAGGAUGAGCAGAGCGUUCCACAACAAUCUUGGGAAACUAAAGGGGAAUUGCUGUAGAGCUGCUUUUCUGUUGUGAAAUCAAUAUUUGGGUUUUCUUUAAAAAGUGACAACUGUCACAGCUAAUUUAACAGCCUUGUUUCAGGGGAAAGAAAGCUUUUACUGAAAGGACGUGUAUUUUGAGGGGGCAGGGGUUUGGAGGGAGUUAGGAAUAGCAGGUGUAGUUAUAUGGGAAAUACUUGCACUGAAACAAUUUUUUUUUUUUUUUUUUGUGCUAUUUUGGCUAUUUUAGACGUAAUAUUCUUUUAGUUGUACAAUGUCGGUUUCUUUAAAUAUGCACAGAGCAUGAGAGUUUAUAUGGAAAUAGAUUGUGCCUUUAUCAGAAGAGGUGGUCUGAGACCCCUGAGAAUGACGAUGAAAUGCUUUGGAUGCUCCAUUUUCCCUGCCUCCCUCUUUAACUGCAAAUGCACCUGCAAGGCCAGUGAUUUAAAUCUUUGUUUUUAAUGGGUGACACUUUUGGUCCUAAUGGAAGUCGAUUCUCUUUAACUGUCAUUCUGUCUAUUAAUGAUCUGAAGGGGAAGUGAUGUUGACGUUCCUGAUGUUCAACUGAUGCCCGUCACUGAUUGACACUGCUACCUAAAUGUCAGAUUUUAUCCUUGUGCUUCACACUGUUCAGACUGAGCCUUUUUGUUUUUUAACAGUUAAAAU